AUGAAUCUAGACAGCGGACAACGUCGCACAUACGCCUCCAGGUUGUUCCAUGACAGUGGAAAGUGGACCGUGGACAUGAAAAAUUUUGGCAAUCCCGAAUAUCACAGAUGUCUGGAGUUGGUCAAAGAAAAAUGCACUUUGACAGACCUCUUCUCUCCCCUUCAACUAUUCAACGGGAUCAACUCUUCAAUCCUUGCUAUAUUCAUGCUGACCGAUUCGAUCUGUUUCAUUCUCAAGGGAGCGAUUCUCACACAGAGGGCAUUUGGAAAAAAGAAAAACGAUACUCCGAUUGUUCUCUUGUUUCCAACAAUCUUAUUCUUGUACCAGGGCGGCGCAGCCGCCCCUAAACCCUAG